AUGAAAAUAAGCAGUCUCAUCUUUGGGACGGCUCUGGGAGGUUGGGAAAAUAAAUGGGCGACCAUGCAAAAAGAUGGGAGUUCCCAACGAUCAGCAGUAUCAGCAUGCACGGCAGAAAUGCAAAGUACGAUGGAUAGAUUUUCGAUUGAAAAUGGAUUCUGGGACUGCAAGGGCUUAGGUGAAGCCGUCAGUUCGAUAUCUUGCAAGGCCAAGUGUUCUAGUGGAACGCUUAAUUUUGCGAAAUCGGAGAUCAAGGCGAAAUGCAAGGAUCCACCAGCGCUCAAGCUCAAGAAUUUCGGCGAGGGCGACGAGCUCAAAUGCGAAGAACAACCUGAUCCAUGUGAUGGUCCAAUUUCAGAACUCAAUAUUGUCAAAGGAACACUAGAACUUCUCUCUUCAAGUGCGAAAAAAGGAAAUCAGUACAAUCUUGUCUGCGAUGACGGGGAAACUAUGGGAACAGUAAAGUGUAAGAACGGAAACAUCUCUUCAAAGAUCACCAAUUUCGAGUCUGCUUGUGAUCGGUUCCUGUGCAAGGAAACUGAAGCAAUGUCUUACUUCAACAUCGGCACAGGAGAAUGGAACUGCAAAACAAAAAAAGGAAAGGUCUUCUUUCGGCUGACGUUAAAUCAUUUGUACACUUGUGGAGGCUUCGUUGUUCACAAUAACUGGGUCGUCACUGCUGCGCACUGUUGCUUCGAUGGCGUUUUCAAUAUUCGAGCUACUUUCGGUGAUCGACAGAAAAAUAACUGGGACAGCUCUGAGUACUCCAUGGAUGCGAUUUCCUGGAUUCAGCAUCCUCUUUAUGGCGACUCAAGCGACGGAACGGGUUCAAACCAAGAUUGGUGCAUGGUCAAAUUUGCUUCGGACAUUAUCGCAAACGAUCCAGAUGACAAAGUUGCAAUGCCCUGCUUACCGACUGAGAAUCCGAUCCCUUCUCAAGCCGGUAGUGCUUGCUGGCUUGCUGGUUGGGGUUCUACUUCUUAUGGAGGAUCCCUUGCAAAUGACCUUCAAUCAGUCGGAGUCAACAUCUUCGGGACUGACUACUGCAUUGAGAAGGGAUACAAAACCGAGCUUGAAGAAGACGACAUCUGCGCCGGUGUUCCAGAUCUUGAUGAUGAUGGAGACGCCGAUGGAGGAAAAGAUGCGUGCCAGGGAGAUUCUGGCGGACCUCUUGUCUGUGACAUCGAUGGUCGAGCUACAGUCAUUGCAAUUGUUUCAAGAGGCGUUGGUUGCGCGUGGAAGGGAUUUCCUGGUGUUAACUCGAGCAUUUUCGUUGCAAAACAAUGGAUCGAAAAUACUAUCCGAAACAAUUAA